UUCGUGCAUGUCCAUCUCUUCUCACUGGACUUAUCUGUCCUCCCUCUUUCGAUCCUCGUUCCGAUCAGCAUCAUGGCAGCUCCAAAGAAACAGCUGCCAACGAUCAAGGCAUGCCUCUUCGAUAUGGACGGCCUCUUGAUUGACUCCGAGGACAAAUACACCAUCUGCACCAACGAGGUACUCAACGAAUACGGUAGACCAAACCUGCCCUGGCACAUCAAAGCCCAAUUGCAAGGACGCCCAGGCCCAACUGCCGGCAAAAUCCUCUUCGACUGGGCCCAACUGCCCAUCUCGCGCGAAGAAUACCUCUCCAAAGUCAGCGCCCGACAAAAACACCAUUUCACUUCCUGCCAACCGCUCCCAGGCGUCCCAGCUCUCCUCCAAACCCUCAAACAUCGCACCUCUCCACCCGUACACAUCGCGCUCGCGACUUCUAGCCAUUCUGGGAAUUUCAAACUCAAAACCGACCAUUUGCAAGAUCUGUUUCAGGUCUUUGAUGAGGAGAAUCGUGUGCUUGGAGAUGACAAGCGGAUUCCGCCCGGACGAGGCAAGCCGGCGCCGGAUAUUUGGUUAGUGGCAUUGGAGACUAUUAAUAAGAAGUUGGAGCGGGAUGGGAAAGAGAAGAUACGCCCGGAAGAGUGUUUGGUGUUUGAGGAUUCGGUGCCUGGGACGGAGAGUGCGAGGAGGGCGGGGAUGCAGGUUGUAUGGUGUCCGCAUGAGGGGCUGUUGAAUGAGUAUAAGGGGAGAGAAGAUUUGGUUCUUGCGGGUUUAAUGGGUGAAUAUAAGGAAGUUGGGGAUGAUGUUCUGGGGAAAGUGGAAGGAGGAGAUAAAGAGGGACAGGUGAAGAAGACGGCGAGUCCGCCUGGAGAGGUGGGCGAUGGUUGGGCGAGGUUGGUGAAGACUCUGGAAGAUUUCCCGUACGCGGAGUAUGGGAUCGGUGUGAAAGAGGAGGAGAAGCUGUGAACAAGCAAUGGACUGACUGUACAGGAUGAUUGGGUGAAGGUCUACGAAGGCAAGUGGAAUGAAGAUGCAGUAUACACUAUACAGUACAGGCAUACCAGGGAUGCUCAAGUCGACAUGGCAGAGAUCAAAUUGGUCAUCAUUUUUCGUCUUGCUGAUCUUUGCUUUGUGGCCAGGAACCGACCACGAACAGUGUCCGUUUCCUCCAGAGGUCUAUCGCAACGCUUUUGCAUCUGGUCAGAUGACGUCCAGUCGUCAACAAGUCACGCCCGAGCCUCGCGGGCGACCUGGAAUAGAAGGCGCUCACAAGUGGCC